AUGUCCGACAACGGGGACGUCGAGGUUGCGACCUUCACCUCCCUUCCCAAGGAUGUCCUCGCCAACGAGGGCCAGGUCAAGCUCUUCAACAAGUGGAGCUACGAGGAUGUUGAGAUCCGUGACAUCUCCCUGACCGACUACAUCCAGAUCCGCUCCCCGGUCUACGUCUCCCACACCGCUGGCCGCUAUGCCGCCAAGCGUUUCCGCAAGGCUCAGUGCCCCAUCGUCGAGCGUCUGACCAACUCGAUCAUGAUGAACGGUCGCAACAACGGAAAGAAGCUCCUGGCUACCCGCAUUGUCGCCCACGCCUUCGAGAUCAUCCACAUCAUGACCGACCAGAACCCCAUCCAGGUCGCCGUUGACGCCAUUGUCAACUGCGGUCCCCGUGAGGACUCCACCCGUAUUGGUUCCGCCGGUACCGUCCGCCGCCAGGCCGUCGAUGUCUCCCCUCUUCGCCGUGUCAACCAGUCCAUCGCUCUCCUCACCAUCGGUGCUCGCGAGGCCAGCUUCCGUAACAUCAAGAGCGUCUCUGAGUGCCUUGCUGAGGAGCUGAUCAACGCCGCCAAGGGCUCCUCCAACAGCUACGCUAUCAAGAAGAAGGACGAGCUCGAGCGUGUCGCCAAGAGCAACCGGUAA